AUGGCUCCAACCCUCGUGGUGGACAGGCCGACGGGUGACCUGCGCUUGAACGAUGGCCCCCUCUCGGGCGCAAAGCGCAUUUCAAGUAUUGCCGGCAUUUUGGGAAUUUUGAAAUUGAAGCUCGACAAAUACAUCGUCGUCAUCACCAAGGCACAGCCUAUGGGCCGACUCCGCGGCCACAUGGUCUACAAGGUCGCCGCUACUGAAUUCCUACCCAUGCGAGAACGCCCUCUCCACGAUCGAGAUGAAGACACCUACAUUGCGCUCGUCAAGGAGCUGCUCCGAACCGGUCCCAUGUACUUCUCAUACUCUCUCGAUCUCACCAACAGCUUCCAACGUCAAUCGCAAGGCCCCGCCAACACCCCUAUGUGGAAGGGAGCUGACGAUCGAUUCUUCUGGAACCGAUUUAUCCAGUCCGACCUGAUCAACUUCAGCCUGGGACAACAGGAGACCAGUGGCGUUCGCUAUGGCCCGCAACCAGGUGUCGACCCAUACAUCCUUCCAGUCAUGUUUGGUAUGAUGCGUAUCACCCCGGCCCGUGUCAAGUCAACAUCUUUCACAUUCGCCCUGAUUACUCGACGAUCGAGACACCGCGCUGGAACUAGAUACUUCUCCCGGGGAAUCGACGAGCAAGGCAAUGUCUCGAACUAUAAUGAAACAGAACAGGUCGUUAUUUUGAAUGAUGCUACAGGUGGUCUCUCAGGUUUCGCUGGAGGCCAAUCGAUGGCCAACGAGAAGACACCGCAGGACCUCCAGGUGUACUCAUUCGUUCAAACUCGCGGCAGCGUUCCUGUGUUUUGGGCCGAGGUCAACAAUCUCAAGUAUACCCCUAGGCUUCAAGUGCGGGGGGUCGAGACUGCCGUCGAGGCUGCUCGCAAGCAUUUUGCGGAGCAGAUUCGCCUGUACGGAGAGAACUAUAUGGUCAACUUGGUCAAUCAAAAAGGCCGCGAGGAACGCGUCAAAAACGCCUACGAACAACUGGUCCGACUCCUGAUUUCCUCUUCCAACGAACGUAUCGAGACUGAUAAAAGAACUCCCGAAAAGAUGCACGUCUUGGAAUCAGGUUCGAAGCAAAAAGAGAUGGAUCGCUUGCACUACGUGUAUUUUGAUUUCCACAACGAGACCAAGGGUCUUAAGUGGCAUCGCGCCGAAUUGCUCAUGGGUCGACUCAAUGAUGGACUGAACCAAGGUGGCUACUUCCGUGGAGUCGAGCAUCCAGGUUCUCCCAGCGGACAAUUGGAUAUCCGUUCGACUCAAUCCAGUGUGGUCCGAACCAAUUGUAUGGAUUGCCUUGACCGAACCAAUGUAGUCCAAAGCAUGCUUGGCCGUUGGGCCGUCACUCACCAGCUCAUUGAUGCUGGUGUUCUGCGCCACGGUGAAACAGCGAACGACGACCGCGAGUUUGAGGAUCUGUUCCGUAAUAUUUGGGCCGACAACGCUGAUGUCGUUUCUAAAUCCUACUCCGGCACCGGCGCUUUAAAGACCGACUUCACUCGCACGGGCAAACGCACACGAGCCGGUGCUCUUCAAGAUUUAAACAAUUCCAUCACUCGAUAUGUGCGAAACAAUUUCUUGGAUGGUCCCCGCCAGGAUGGCUUCGAUGUCUUCUUGGGUACCUACCUCCCAUCGGAUACACUGCCAUCGAGUAUUCAAAUGUUCCUGGACCGACGACCGGUUGUGAUCCAAGCUGUUCCUUACGUCUUCUUGGCGAGUUUGUUUUUGGCCCUGCUUGCUCUAUUUACGAGACAGUCACCUGACUCAUCUGCCUGGCCGCUCCGUCUGUUUAUGGUAUUCUGGUUCGUCGUCACCGCUUACUGCUUCCGCUUCAUGUUCGAGCAUGGUAUGCUCUAUGUGAACUGGCCCAAGCUCAAUACUCCCGUUGCCGGCGCCGAGGGAUUCCAAGACGCUAUGAUCAAGGCACGCACCGACCCUGUCAUUGGCCAGUGGCUCCCGUCCAAGAGACACCAACGAGGUGUUAGCAAUGCCCGCCUGGUCUUUCUCGAGGAAGGAAAGACCAGGGUUGAAUAA